AUGAGUCUCACCGCUAAGGACAAGGCCGUGGUCAGGGCCUUCUGGGCUAAGGUGUCCGGGAAGGCUGAGGACGUCGGAUGCGAUGCUCUUUCUAGAAUGCUGGUGGUGUACCCCCAGACCAAGACAUACUUCUCCCACUGGCCGGACCUGAGCCCCGGUUCUGCCCCGGUCAGGAAGCAUGGUAAGACUAUCAAGAUCGACGACCUCACGGCAGGUCUCCUCACCCUCAGCGAGCUGCACGCCUUCCAGAUUAAUUGUGGGGCAUCUUCAGACCAGACAUAUGGCACGUCUAGACUUGAUAUGAUGAAAUACGUCUAG